GCCGCGGGGCGGGACCGCCUGCCCUCGCCCGUCCGCCGAGGAGCCCGGCCACGCUCUCUUCCCUCCUGCUUCCUCACUGUGGUGGCUGGGCUGUUUCUCCCAUGACUCUCUGCGUCUAGACCUGGCUGUCCCGUGCCUUUGCCAAUCAAACCUGAGCUUCCUCCUCUGACAGUGAAGAGAGGGGCUCCUGCCCUUCUGGCUCAUUUUUCCCACCCUUGACACCAAGCCGCCUCUGCUUGUGCCUCCCCGUGCCCCCCGCCCUGCCCACCCUGGGCACCCGUCACCCAUGGACGACUCAGAAGUGGAGUCGACCGCCAGCAUCCUUGCCUCUGUCAAGGAGCAGGAGGCACAGUUCGAGAAGCUGACCCGGGCCCUGGAGGAGGAACGGCGCCAUGUCUCAGCCCAGCUGGAGCGAGUCCGGGUCUCCCCACAGGACGCCGGCCCGGGCUUGGCCAACGGCACGCUCACCCGGCGGCACCAGAACGGACGUUUCCUGGGCGAUGCUGACCUGGAAAGGCAGAAAUAUUCAGAUCUGAAGCUCAACGGGCCACAGGACCACAGCCACCUCUUGUACAGCACAAUCCCCAGGAUGCAGGACCCGGGCCAGAUCGUGGAGGAGACGUACACCAUGGAGGAGGACCCAGAAGGGGCCAUGUCAGUCGUGUCUGUGGAGACAUCAGAUGAUGGGACAACUCGGCGUACAGAGACCACGGUGAAGAAAGUGGUGAAGACUGUGACCACCCGGACGGUGCAGCAGGUGCCGGUGGGGCCUGACGGGCUGCCUUUGGAAACGUCCCCCGUCACCAGCAACUACGUCCAGACCAUGGACAGGAACUUCCGCAAGAACGGCAACGGGGGCCCCGGCAGCUACCUGGGCCCGGCGGGCACGGCCACCCUCCCUCGCAACUACCACUACCCCGACGGCUACGGCCGCCCCUACGAGGACGGGUACCCGGGCAGCGACCACAGCUACGGCAGCCUGUCCCGCGUCACCCGCAUCGACGAGCGCUACCGCCCCUCCAUGGACACCUACCGGGCCCCCAGCCGCCAGGAUAUCUACGGUCCCCAGCCCCAGGUGCGUGUUGGGGGCAGCAACAUGGACCUCAACCAUUUCCACCCUGAACCCUACGGCCUGGAGGACGACCAGCGUAGUGUGGGCUUCGAAGAUGUGGACUACGGGCUCAUGUCUGACUAUGGCACGGCCAGGAGGGCGGGCACCCCGUCUGAUGCUCGACGACGACUCAGGAGUUAUGAAGACAUGCUGGUGGAUGAAGUGGCCCCCGACCGGUACUACUGGGCCCCGCUGGCCCAGCACGAGCGGGGCAGCCUGGCCAGCCUGGACAGCCUGCGGAAAGGCGGCCCAGCCCCGGGGAACUGGCGCCAGCCAGAGCUGCCGGAGGUCAUAGCCAUGCUGAGCUUCCGGCUGGACGCCGUCAAGUCCAACGCAGCUGCCUACCUGCAGCACCUGUGCUACCGCAACGACAAGGUGAAGACGGAGGUGCGCCGGCUGAAGGGCAUCCCCGUGCUCGUGGGGCUGCUGGAUCACCCCAAGAAGGAGGUGCACUACGGCGCCUGCGGAGCUCUCAAGAACAUCUCCUUCGGCAAAGACCAGGAUAACAAGAUCGCCAUCAAGAACUGCGACGGGGUGCCCGCGCUGGUGCGCCUGCUGCGCAAGGCCCACGACAUGGACCUCACCGAGGUCAUCACAGGGACACUGUGGAACCUGUCCUCGCACGACUCUAUCAAGAUGGCCAUCGUGGAUCACGCACUACAUGCCCUGACCGAUGAGGUGGUCAUUCCCCGCUCCGGCUGGGAGCGGGAGCCCAACGAGGAUUCCAAACCCCGCCAUAUAGAGUGGGAGUCGGUGCUCACCAACACCGCUGGCUGCCUUAGGAAUGUGAGCUCGGAGCGGAGUGAGGCCCGUCGGAAGCUGCGGGAAUGUGACGGGUUGGUGGAUGCCCUGAUCUACAUCGUGCAGUCCGAGAUCGGCCAGAAGGACUCGGACAGCAAGCUGGUGGAAAACUGUGUGUGCCUGCUGAGGAACCUGUCCUACCAAGUCCACCGUGAGAUCCCCCACGCUGAGCGCUACCAGGAGACGCCCCUUGUCCCUGCCAACAACGCCGGGCCCCACAAUGCCAGCUGCUUUGGGGCCAAGAAGGGCAAAGACGAGUGGUUCUCCAGAGGUAAAAAGCUCCCAGAAGACCCUGGUGCCGACACAGUGGAUUUUCCAAAAAGAACAACUCCAGCCAAAGGCUACGAGCUCCUCUUCCAGCCAGAAGUGGUGCGGAUAUACAUCUCCCUCCUAAAGGAAAGCAAGACUCCAGCCAUCCUGGAGGCUUCAGCAGGAGCCAUCCAGAACCUGUGCGCUGGCAGCUGGACGUACGGCCGGUGCAUCCGCUCAGCCCUGCGCCAGGAGAAGGGGCUCUCCGCCAUCGCCGACCUCCUGACGCACGACAGCGAGCGCGUGGUGAAAGCGGCGUCCGGGGCCCUGCGCAACCUGGCCGUGGACCUGCGCAACAAGGAGCUGAUCGGUAAACAUGCCAUCCCCAACCUAGUAAAGAACCUGCCUGGAGGCCAGCAGACCCCUGCCAAAAACCUCUCUGAGGACACAGUGGUGUCAAUCCUCAACACUAUCAAUGAAGUGAUCGUGGACAACCUUGAGGCAGCCAAAAAGCUCCGGGAAACGCAGGGGAUCGAGAAGCUUGUGCUGAUCAACAAAUCUGGGAACCGCUCAGAGAGAGAAGUCAGGGCAGCCGCCCUCGUCUUGCAGACAGUCUGGGGCUAUAAGGAGCUGCGGAAGCCCCUUGAGAAGGAAGGCUGGAAGAAGUCAGAUUUCCAGGUGAACCUGAGCAAUGCCUCUCGGACCCAAGGAGGCAACUCCUUUGAUGACAGCACCUUGCCUCUCAUCGACAGGAACCAAAAAACAGACAAGAAAUCCUCCCGGGAAGAGAUCCAGAUGAGCAACAUGGGACCAGACAACUAUUCCACACUCAACGAGAGGGACCACGGCAGGACACUGGACCGAUCCGGUGACCUUGGAGAGAUGGAGCCGGUGAAGGGAGCGCCGUUGAUGAAGAUCUAGUUGGCCUCCCUGCCUCUGCUCCAUUUGGGUUGAUAAUAUAUUAUAUAUAUAAAUAUAUAACUCUUCAUGGUGGAAUGGACUGACUUUUACCUUGUCUUAUUGUUGGAAUUUUGCUGGACUCUCUGUGCCAACCAUCCAGCCAAAUGCCUGGGCCGGGUCCCCAGGGCAGCCCGGGCCACUCGGUCUCCUCUGGGCCGCUGCACCUCCCUGUUUUGGGACACCACCACUGAGAACUUCUCCUCCCGUCCUCCACCACCUCCUUCCUCCCGAGAGUAAAACCUUCCCGCCUGACUCUGCCGGAUCAGCCGGCGUGGAUGCUGCACAAGGACUCGGACCUCUGCCUUGACCAGGAGCUGCCUUCUCUCCCACGCCUUCCCCCUGCUCUGAGGUGUCUUGCAGGGACAGGGACUGGGACCUCACUCGCUGCCGCCUUGUUUUUGGUUUGGUUUUGUUGCCUAUAGGAUAUAUUUUUUCGUGUGGGAUCACU